UAAUGCAACAUUGUUGUUUGCCAACCGCCAAAAGAUUUUCAGAAGAAGAAGGGAAGGGAUCGAUUCGCUACUGUGAUUGGACAAAGAACUACCGGUUAAUAUCGUCCAACCCGGAAGAGUGACAUGUUUAUUGUUGCUAACAUUUCGGGUCUCUUAAUGCAAGGAGGACACACACGUUGGCUGGACCAAAAUGGCAUCCUACUUUGACGAACACGACUGUGAGCCCACCAACCCUGAGGAACAGUAUCGCCAGAAUGCACUACUUGAACUGGCCAGGUCUUUAAUGCAGGGCUUGGACUUAAUUGACUCAGGGGCGUUCGACUUGUCAGACUGGGACCAGCGCCUUCCUCCUCCGGCUGCCAAAACUGCUGUUCAGACCCUCACUGUGGUCAUCAUUUCUCCAGAGCAAGCAGACAAAGGUCUCAAGUGUCCCGUGUGUUUGCUGGAGUUCGAGGAACAAGAGACGGUGCGAGAAAUGCCUUGCAAACACCUUUUCCACUCAGGAUGUAUACUGCCCUGGUUGGGCAAGACUAACUCCUGUCCGCUCUGCCGACUUGAAUUACCAACUGACAAUCCAGAGUAUGAGGAGUUUAAAAAAGAUAAGGAGAGAAGAAAACAGAGAGAGCACAGGCUGGAAGACCUACAUGGAGCCAUGUACACAUGACAUGACAGUGCUGUGGUGCAAGUUUGUGGCAGAGUGGCAACAGUGACAUUUUACUGAAAACUUCAGGAAAUGCAUAUUGCUGCGUUCAUGCCAUUUCGAACAGAAUGUAAUUUUUCAAGCAUGGGGGCGGGAAGUAACGACUCAUAUUUGUAGUUACGAGGCAGAAAUAUCAGGAAUGUCUGACAUCUAAGAUAUGUCCCAAGAAUUACAGAACUAUCAAGAAAUCAUUGGCAAAAUGGCUGCAAAGCCACCAUCACUGGCAACGCCAUCUAAAUAAAAUCCAAUAUUACAAAUAUGUAACACAAUAAAGAUAGCUCAUUUAGGCUUCAUUUCUAUUUUAUAUGGUGUGACCACAAGGCUAGCAAUAGUUGUAACCAUACUCUAAUAAUGUGUGACCGUUCCUGUUCUUUUCAUUCAUUUGACAUGGCUUGAACGCAGCAUAUGCAACAGGGUCAUUGAAAACUGAAAAUGCUUGUCUCUAAGUUGGAUAAAGGCUGUUUUCUCACUAGUUAGGAUGAAUAUAUUUUAAGAUGAGUAUGCUGUUGACAGCAGCACUGAAGCACUAAAGUAUUUCAGUUCAGUCUCUUUAUUCCUUUUUUAUAUAAAUGUAUGAGCUUUAAACGCAUAAAAACGCUGUUCAGCAGUGUUUGUCUAAUUAAUAUGAAUAGGAAUAUAUUUUAAUCAGUGACUCAUUUUUUGUUAUUGUUUUCCCACAAAUGUUUAAAUGUUAAAAUAUGAUUUUUAAUUUUAAAGUGCACUCCAGCAAUGUAGUAUACACUUUCAUUAAUUCUGGGUACUCAUUAAAGAUGGAUCGAAAGAACAAAAUGUCAAAAUGAAAGCAGCAGAGGCUGAGAUGUCCUGAGUCCCUAGUAUGGCUCAACCUCCAAAGAUGCUGGAUCCUGCACUUCUCAUUAUGCAUUUUUAUGUUAAACCCACAUCUUCAAACUCCACGCCCCCAGUGUAACACAGGCUGUCUGUAAAUUUGUAGUCUCCAAGCCAAAGGAAGAAUUUUCCACUGGUUGUAGUACUCCUCAUGCUGAGUAAACUGACCUUUAUGUGUAAAAUUGGUUUCUGCCAAGUUAAAGAGUUCCUCUUUAACUUGUCCCAUGUUGUUGUUUAGAUGUUUGAGAAAGCAUCUCCUCUCUUCUGGCCUAGGCAGAUGAACAAUUAUUAACAUAACCAGUGUGGUCUGAAUUGGUUUUGAUGCUUCUACAUCACAUGGCAGUCCCUUAUUAUAAUUAACUUAUACUGCUUCCAUACGACAGGAGUAAUCUGCGAAAACCCAUGUGUUAACACACAGUUUUGGACCUGAACCUCUGCUGACUCUGCUCAGCUUGGUGUGAUUUUGUAUGUAUGCAUGUUAGCCAUUCUUUAUAUCAGCUGCUCUGCCCAAAAUUGUUUAUGUCUGCUUGCAAAUAAAUAGAGCUGCUUUUUAUAUAAAGAAACAACCACCCAAAGACUAUUAACCAUACUUACAGGCUGGUACUAAUACUAUUCCACACUGUCUAUAUAAGUACUGUAUAACUAUGAUGUCAUUUUGCUGUGUGUUUUAAGCAGCAACUUACUGAAAAGGUUGCUGUUUAUAAGGAAACAAAGGCAAUUUUUCUGUUUAAAGAACAGCCCAUGCAAAACAUCUGCGAAUAAUUUAUCAUUUUUAUUUCAUAUUUGAAUAUAAAUCUCUGUCAAAUGAAAAUACCUAAAUGAUAGACAAAUCAUACAUAUUUACAGAAUUUAUAAAAGGAAACAAAAUCA